ACAUGCAAUGCUGUGAUUCUUACACCGCGUUGAGAUGUAGCGCGUGUAGCCUAUUAAUUAUGCCUAGUACAGAAUCUCGUCGCUCUCGAUUGCUAUGUCGAAGUCGUUUGAGGAAUAUCUCUGGGAUGGCGUCCGUUAAAGCCAGGCGUACCUGAGCGGACACCUGGCGAAGACCAGAAGCCUCCAGACAUGGCUACUACUAGUACUAGUAACUCUUGGUUCGCUGGCCCGAAGCUGAAGUACGUCAGCUUGAUUAUUCUCACCUUCCAGAAUGCCAUUUAUAUUCUUUCUAUGCGCUACCCGCUUACGCUAGAAGGAAACUUUUACAUAUCGACGACGGCCGUCGUAUCUGCAGAAGUUAUGAAGGUUGCGUUUUGCGUUUGCAUUCUAAUCUCGCAGCGAGGUGUGUUUCGUUUCUUUGCACUUCUCAACGAGCAGGUAUUCCAGAACUGGCAGGACACGCUCAAGCUGUCCAUUCCAGCCAUCCUAAUCACACUGCAAAACAACCUACGGUAUGUGGCCGGUUACAAUCUGGAUGCAGCCACAUUCCAGGUGACGUAUCAACUAAAAAUCCUCACCACCGCCAUCGUGUCAGUUAUUUUGCUUGGGAAGGUACUCACAAGAAUACAGUGGACAUCUCUUGUCAUUCUGUUUGUUGGAGUGUGCAUGGUGCAAGUGCAGCUUAUGAAUCCCAUACGGAUACAGGUGCAUUCAGCUCAUACUGUCACUACAGCUGGCAGCUCUGCAGCGCCAUCCAAGCCAAAUCCUAUCCUGGGCCUGAUAGCAGUCAUCAUCUCUGCUUUCUCAUCAGCUGGCAGCUCUGCAGCGCCGUCCGAGAACCUGGGCCUGAUAGCAGCCAUCAUCUCUGCUUUCUCAUCCGCUUUGGCCGGCGUGUACUUUGAGAAGAUUCUAAAGGACUCCCCUCAAGUCUCUGUGUGGAUGCGUAACAUCCAGCUUGGAGUGUUUGGCACUGUCAUCGGGCUUGUCGGCAUGCUGAUGAACGACGGCACUGCAGUUGCCAAGAAUGGCUUCUUCUAUGGCUACACUGGCUGGGUCUGGUUCGCCAUCUUCAUGCAGGCGUUUGGCGGUCUCCUUGCUGCUGUUGUUGUCAAGUAUGCUGACAACAUACUCAAGGGCUUUGCCACAUCCUUGGCAAUUAUCCUAUCGACGGUAGCGUCGCUGUAUCUCUUCCCAGACUUCCGCGUCUCUUUCACUUUCUUAAUAGGAACGUCUCUUGUCAUCUCGGCUGUCUACCUAUACGUAGAAGUCCCAAGUUACAUAAUACAGAUACUAUUAACAAGUCACACAAAGCACACACCAUGUACCCUUCUCCCCCUCCCACACACACACAAAGUCUGCCAUGGAUCAAAACACCAGCGGAAUUGCACACCUUUCUGACAUGUAAUCUGGCGGAACUGAUGGAAGGCUCCAAGCAGGACACUGCGCAGUGUAUGUGAUCUCUCUCCUUCUGAACACAAAGCUCAGGGUCUAACUUACGUAUGUACAAAGCUUCCAACACGGCAAGAUGUAACAAAGACCUACUGUUGGGAAGGCCGUCGUGGCCAUGUGUUUUUUUUAUGAUGUAUUUACAAUUUAUUCAAUAUUUCUCUCAGGAUGUGAAAUACGAAAUGUCUCAGAAGUUCAGUUUAUUUUGGAACGCAAUUUCGCAUACAUGUAGUGAUUUAGCCUACAGUUAGUUCACGAGUUAUUUCGUAGGUUGUUUGUUUCUUGCGUUGCACAAUGCAAGACAAGAAUUUGCACAACGGCACAAGAGUAUUGACGUUGACUCUCAAAAUGAUUCUUGGUCGCAUUUUGUUUGUUUCUUCUAAGUUUUGACAAAGGGACAUCUAUUUUCGUUUUGUCUUUUCUCGCAGUGUUUCCUUUCAUUUCUAAGCUGCGACGCCGUCGCGUACUGCGGUACGACGGGUCACGUGCUGCCAACCUACUGCAUUCUUUAUUCACCAGUUUUCACGGCUACACUGCAUGCAUUGUAUAAUGACUCAUAAUUAUUUUUUGCUCUGCGCUGAAUCCCGUACUAGUGUAGGGCUUUUUCAGAGUUUGCUUUCGAUGAGGCUCGGCAAGUUCGGUUCUUCGAAAGGAAGAGAAAGAGUUGUCUUUUUGUUGUUUGCGAAAUAUCUAUUUUAGUACCAUGAAGUCUUCCCGUUGCGUGUGUAACCCUGCAUGACACCUGCCACGCGACAAAACAGAGAAUACAUCAUCGGAAUACCACUCACGACAACUAGCACUGCCCGACAAGUGACACUUGAUUUGCCGAGGUACCUUUUCCGUGACCCGACGACUCGGCCGUUGUCACCUCCGAUCCUGCCGCUUGCGAAUCUCUCCCAUUACCAGAUUACGCCCUGCGUUCCUGGAAUUCCGAUUGCCGAGGUCGACAUCAGUGUGCUGCUUUGUGUUCAGAAGGAGAAUGUGUUGUCUUUGCAGUUGUUUGACACUGUUCGUCGUGAAGGUGCAAAAUAGAUCCCUUGAUCUCUUGAUAUUUCUCUCUUUUUCUUGUCACUACGUUUUUGUCACUUAUUGGAUUUGCAUGCUGUUUUCUUGAUUCUUCACAUCUAUUUUUUCGUGUCACUUCUACCCAUAAUUGGAGUGAUAUAUUUCUGAACUUCUUUUCCUUAUAGUUGUAGUCUUUUAGCUUAUUUUUAUCAUUCCCUGUAGUAUUUUGACAAGAAGGGAACGAAAACGUUCAAUACUUUGA